AUGUCAGCCAGAAAGGGCUAUCUGCUCCCUUCGCCAAAUUAUCCCACAACAAUGUCAUGCUCGGAGAGCCCCGCCGCGAACUCUUUUUUGGUCGACUCGCUGAUCAGCUCCGGCAGAGGCGAGGCUGGCGGUGGUGGCGGUGGCGCGGGGGGCGGCGGCGGCGGCGGAUACUACGCCCACGGCGGGGUCUACCUGCCACCAGCCGGCGACCUGCCCUACGGGCUGCAGAGUUGUGGGCUCUUCCCGGCUCUGGGAGGAAAACGCAAUGAGGCGGCGUCGCCGGGCGGCGGCGGGGGCCUGGGGCACGGGGCGCACGGCUAUGCGCCCGCGCCUAUAGACCUGUGGCUGGACGGGCCCCGGUCCUGCCGGAUGGAGCCGCCCGAGGGGCCGCCGCCACCGCCCCCGCCCCAGCAGCAGCCACCGCCACCGCCGCAACCACCUCAGCCCCCGCCGCAGGCCACCUCGUGCUCUUUCGCGCAGAACAUCAAAGAGGAGAGCUCCUACUGCCUCUACGAUUCGGCGGACACAUGCCCAAAAGGCUCGGCCUCCGCUGCCGAGCUGGCCCCCUUUCCGCGGGGCCCGCCGUCCGACGGCUGCGCCCUGGGCACCUCCAGCGGGGUGCCAGUGCCCGGCUACUUCCGCCUCUCCCAGGCCUAUGGCACCACCAAGGGCUAUGGCAGCGGCGGCGGUGCGCAGCAGCUCGGCGCCGGCCCAUUCCCCGCUCAGCCCCCGGGGCGCGGCUUCGACCCACCACCCGUGCUCGCCUCCGGCUCGGCGGAUGCAACCCGCAAGGAGCGAGCCCUUGAUUCACCGCCACCUCCCACGCUGGCUUGCGGUGGCGGCGGCGGCGGCUCGCAGGGCGAUGAGGAGGCGCAAGCGUCGUCCUCCGCCGCGGAGGAGCUCUCCCCGGCCCCUUCGGAGAGCAGCAAAGCCUCACCCGAGAAGGACUCCCUGGGCAAUUCCAAAGGCGAAAACGCAGCCAACUGGCUCACUGCAAAAAGCGGCAGGAAGAAGCGUUGCCCCUACACGAAACACCAGACGCUGGAGCUGGAGAAGGAGUUUCUGUUCAACAUGUACCUUACUCGAGAGCGGCGCCUAGAGAUCAGCCGCAGCGUCCACCUCACGGACCGACAAGUUAAAAUCUGGUUUCAGAACCGCAGGAUGAAACUGAAGAAAAUGAACCGAGAAAACCGGAUCCGGGAGCUCACAGCCAACUUUAAUUUUUCCUGAUGAAGCUCCAAGCAA